UUCUACUUCCCUUCCAUUAGACUGAGUCUACAAAACCCUCUGUGCUCCUGCUGCUUCUCGCUUCCCCACCAUGCCUCGCUCUUUCCUGGUGAGGAGGGGGGGCUCUCACCCUCUGCGCCCCAAAGCAGGUAGCCCCUGCUUGGGCACGACCCCGGUGCCAGUGGGUCCCUCAGAAACAGACAAGAGGCAGUGGGGUACCCUUCAGGGACAGCCGUCACCAAAGAGUGCAGUGUCUCUAGUGACACACAAUGAGGCCUACCCACCACAGCCCUCUCCACCUCCAGCCCUCCACCCUCCCUCACAUAGUCCCCCUUACCUUCACCCCACCAGUCCCAUGUCUUCAGGUGAUAGAGCUGCGCUGCACCACCACUCUCCCUCCCAGUUGAACCCUGGCAGCCCUGCUGAGGAGGUGGGCUCUCCCCUCCUGGUAGAGACCCGACACAGAGACUGUCCCCAGAUCAGUGACCACAGGACCACUGGGACUGUAUGUCCACUGUGUGGAAAGAGUUUCUUUUCUUUCUCCAGUCUGGAGUCCCACGUCCACAAGUCCCAUGGUGGCAGACACAAGCAGUCAUCAGCACACAUCAAGACCCACAGUCAGCCGUACGGCAAUAGGCCAGACCUGGGUUUGAGCUACAGGGUCAAGGAGCGUACUUUUGGCUGUAAGGUGUGUGGGAAAGUGUUCAAGCGCUCCUCCACCCUGUCCACUCACCUGCUAAUCCACUCUGACACGCGGCCCUACCCCUGUCAAUACUGUGGCAAAAGAUUUCACCAGAAAUCUGACAUGAAAAAACACACCUUCAUUCACACAGGUGAGAAGCCCCAUGUGUGCCAGGUGUGUGGCAAAGCCUUCAGCCAGAGCUCCAACCUCAUCACCCACAGUCGUCAGCACAGUAGCAACCAGCCCUACCAAUGCCUCUAUGGCUUCCAGCGCAAAUAGGACCUGAGACAAAACCAGAAGAACCACCUUUAGGUCAAGACCCUGGCUAAGAGCUGAUCUGAGCUCAGUUUUCACAACCGGGAGAACCACUGUACAUAGAUAGCAACUCAAACACCCUCACAUGGUCAUAGCUGACCCCAGAUCAUGUUUUCAUUAUAAGGGGCACCACUGGACAAGCUAAACAGAAGCUGGGGAUGGAUGGAAGAAGGGAAGGAUGCUACACUAAAAAUUCGAACGAACUUUUACCUUGACUGUAGUUGAAUCCCAACUGUAUAUUUUGCCUACAUAUAUAUAUAUAUAUAUAUAUAUAUCUGUUUUUUCAGUGUCAUCAUAGGGUCAUAUCUGAAAAUGUUGAAAACACCUUUGAAACAUUCCAAUCCCAUUUAUAUUCCAAAGUAUCGCUUUCUUAAGUGUGUGCAUUAAAAAUCGUUGUUAUCCACUUUCAGAUUUGGAUAACAACAAGAUAUUAUUGUUAUGAAUGAAUGAUCAUUGUUUUUUUUAGUGAUCAAACUCCCUUGCUUUUUAAUGACUUACCUCUCGGGGUGGUUUUAAAGGUAUGUCACUUUGAGAUAAAAGUAGUUAAACCGUGUGCAACGUCCGCGUAGGUCCUCUGCAAUUCUCUGGAAAUGAAUCAUUAUCUUCAUUCUUUAAUUCUCUGGAACGGAAACAUUUACCUGGAUUUAAAUACCUGUGAUGGGCUGAGAAAGCCCCCUCUCUAUCAGGGCUACCCUAUAAAAGCACAGCCAAAAGCACUGCACUAAAACACCUGAUCCCUUCGACCUUCAAGCCCUCCACUGCACCACAGAGGAAGAACACCCAGACACAGGUAAAUACAUCAUUUAAAAUACAUGCUUUAGGUUUUAAAAUCACUAUUGGUCUUAUUGUGACCUUAUCCCCAGGCUUAAUUGCUACAGAGAGAGAGCCGGCUGGGGACAAGAUUAGCCUCAUGGUGACAUACCUGAGCAGGGAUGACUUAAGGACCUUACAGUUAUGUUAUGUGUAUGGGGUACAUUACAGUGAUGGAUCAGUCAUUCAAAAAUCCUGUUAACCACUGUCAUUGCACACAUAGCGAAUCAAUGUAAUUUAUUAAUUCGAUUUGAAGUAAAUGUUUUGUCCUGAACUAAUUUAAGCUUGCCAUAACAAAGGGGUGUGAAUACUUAUUAUAGGUACUGUCUGUAGUAUAACAUCC